CUCACGACGCUAACACAGUCUUGUCCAAUGUCGAUACACGGAACUUGACUCGACAGCUGAACAGCUGAAUCAGCCAUUGUUAGUCGAAUGUGAUAGAAUCAUUAUUUUUGUCGUAUUGUUUUUUGAUUUGUUAUCGCGUGUCAUGUCUAGUUUUGAAGCACCGUAUAUUUGACUUAAAAAUAUAGUUGAACGAAGUAAUCGAGAACUGAUAAUAGCGUUAAUACAAAGUUUGUUCGUCGUUUUAAUUGAACGAAAAUAAACGGUACAAGAGAGUAAGAGAAAUCACGGCCUCGUAAUGGGAAACGCAGGCAGUAAUCAGCCAGUUGGACAUCACCACAGUAGCACCACAAGCAGAGAACAUCGUCAUACGAAAGAAUACCCGCCACCUUCGCCAGGAAAGGAAGGACAGGCAUUUGUUUUUGACAAGAAACCAAGCCAAAAAUUAGUUUUCCAAUCAUCGAACGAAGAAGAAGAGCCUUACUAUGCUAAGACCAAUGCUCAACAUGACGGAGAAGACUUUGGCUCUCAACGUCCACGUUCCAAUACAGUGUCCGAGGGAACCAAAGUGACUGACAGCAAAGUACUUCCAACUGUUUUUAAAUGGGAAGGUGGUGGCAAACAGGUUUAUAUCAGUGGGACUUUUACUGGAUGGAAGACAUUGCCGAUGGUUAAAAGUCAUGGUGAUUUUGUAACAAUUAUUGACUUGCCAGAAGGUGAACAUCAGUACAAGUUUUUUGUCGACGGCGAAUGGAGGCACGAUCCAGAUAUAAAAAUUGUUGAUAAUGGUAUGGGUUCCAAGAACAAUUUAGUAUCUGUAAGAAAGUCAGAUUUCGAAGUUUUCCAAGCCCUUGCAAAAGACAGCGAAGGUAUUAUAAGUAGUGCUCAAACAGAAUAUGGUCAAGAGGUUCCUCCCCAUAAACCAUGGGAAAAAGUAGCUGGUCCACCAAUAUUACCACCACAUUUGUUACAAGUUAUUCUUAAUAAGGAUACUCCAUUAUCGUGUGAGCCAACUCUCCUACCAGAACCAAAUCACGUUAUGUUGAAUCAUCUAUAUGCCUUAAGUAUCAAGGACAGCGUGAUGGUACUAUCGGCGACGCAUCGUUACCGUAAAAAAUAUGUUACCACUCUAUUGUACAAACCGAUUUAAAAAUCCUGAAGCCAUUCCUGAAGUUGUCGACGAUUUGUUAGUUACAGCGAAUCAACAGGUAUUUUGUAGGUAAGAUAAAAUAUCGACGUUUAAAAUUAAGUAUUUGGAAACUGACGGCGCAUAAACAAUUUGUUGUAUUUGAAAUGUAAAAUAAUAUAAUUACUAUUUAUUAA